AGUUUCCCCGUUGCGCGUGCACGCAGCGAGUGCGCGCCCUCGAUGAUGACGCGUGCAGUAAAACGGACCCGGUCUUCUACAGGUGUCUGUCUUUCACCACAUAAGAGUGAGUAAACACGCCCAAAGACUACGGACAGAUGUUUCGGAGCUCUUGCUGAGGUAAAGAUUGAUGGACGCAGAUCUAAAUAGCUGUUGGAGGAAGCGGAUGCGAUGUUUCCUGAAGGCAACGUCUUGUCCACCUUCAUGUUCCUUCUGCUCUUGACCACUGGAGUGCGCGCAGAAAAAAUAUGCUCUGUGCUCUCGAACCACGAAGUCCACAUGGGCUCCAGCUUCCAGAUCUACUGCAUCUUCAGGAAGGAAUGCAACAGACUGAUAUACAGAGACGAAGUGUCCUUUAAUUACAGCAGUUUGAACUCAACUGUGGUGAUUAUGAGCAUUGUGAAUCUAACACGGACCACCACCUUCACGUGCAAGUGUCAAAAUGAACCAGAACCCUGUGGCACCGACAUCGUCCCGGGUUACCCUCCUGCAGUUCCACAGAACCUCACAUGCAUUCAGGAAGGAGAAUUCGGCAGCGUACACUGCACAUGGAAAACAGGAUGGGAAACGUACGUCAAGACCACAUCGCAUCUGUGGGUACAAGGGGCCCCGACCGUAAGUUAUGAAAGUGUUGCAGUCCAUGAAGGGACCCGUUCAGCCUUAUUUGCUGCCUACGGCACACAAAGCAACUUCUCAGUCUGGAUCCACACCAGUAACAGCCUUGGUUCUGCAAACUCCACUGUGCUCAACUUCGUGCUGAAUGAGAUAGUGAAACCACUGAGCCCCAAGAUCGCAGAAGUGGAAUGCUCUUCGAGACGAUGCCAGCUCUGUCCACUCAACAAACAGAGCGUUCAUCUGGUAGAGAUCCGAUACGAAGAAAAACGGGGCAGCUGGAACACCGUCUCAUUCAACAACACCAAUUUGACGACAUGCUGGACUGUAACCUCACUGAAUCCAUAUAACACGUACACGUUUGAGGUCAGAUGGAAACCUGGCCCAAGGAGAGGUCUGUGGAGCGAGUGGACUCGGAUCGAAGGCGUGACAGAUGAAGAAGCUCCUAUGACAAUGCUUGACGCGUGGUACAUUGAAGAAUCUACGCAAACCGUCAGCAAGUCAUUCCAGUUAUUUUGGAGAGAGCUGAACAACACCGAAGCCAGAGGAAAGAUAACGCAGUACAUCGUGACUGUGAUCGAACAUCGACUCAGCAACCGGACCGCUCUCGGAAAAACCACCAAAGUGUCCUGUUCUUCCUGCAACGUGUCCAUUUCUGCGAUGAACUCAAAAGGCCUGUCUCCUGCUCGACUCAUACACCUGCAGCCUAUAACUCUUCUUCCGUACAAGGUGUCACAGACUCUUGUGAAUAAUCACAGUGUCGCCCUCUCCUGGCCGAGGCCCAUCGGUGCAGACCCGGUGACGGAGUUCUUGGUAGAGUGGUUUCCAGAGGGACGGAAACAGCAGCUUCAGUGGGUCAGAGUGGAAAGGCACCUAAACACAGCGCAUAUUACUGGUUUGCAGCCUGCGGAGUGCUAUGAAGGUGCAGUGGUCUAUCUAAACUCAUCCAAGACAAAAAAAGCCACCUUCAACCGGAUCUCUACCUGGCAGACAGCUCCACAACAGGGUCCUUUUCCAGUGUCCAUCGUUCCGAAGAGUAAAAGCGUGGUGGUAAAGUGGAGCGAGAUCCCACCAGAGAAGAGAGGAGGCUGUCUGCAACAUUACACCAUCUACCUGAAGGAUUCAGCAGGCAAAAUUCAGAAAUACAGUGUCUCACACCCUCAGAGAGAGUAUACCAUCACCGACCUAUUGCCAGGACAGAAAUACAGACUGAGUGUCUCAGCCUGGACUACAGCAGGAGAAAGUCCUAUAGAAAACGAGCGCUCGUUCAAACUGAAACACUCCAGAGAAACAGAGGAGAUACCGCUGGCUUUUGUCAUCUCAGUGGCAGGUGCUGUUUUCAUCACCUGCCUGUGCCUCCUGUGCUUAUGUCAGUUUUCUUCAGUACAAAGAAGAUUCUCAGGGUGUUGUCACUGCCUAAUUCCGAGCAUCGUCCCAGAUCCUGCUAACAGCAAAUGGGCAAAAGAGUGUGCAAGUGAUAAGGGUGAGAUGAAACUGCAGCUGAACCUCAGUGACUCCAGCAUGAGUGAAGAGGAGCCCAAUACGUUGGAGGUAGAGGAAUUUCCCCAAGAGAAACUAGCCGAAGACGAGACGAUCUCCACCGAGGAAACACAACACCCAGGCAAGCUGCAGGCUGAAUCAGUGCCAUAUCAGCCCAUCAUCACCAGCUCUUACCUCAAAAGCUUCUCCAACGACUCAAGCAGCUCAGACGCCACCCAGGCCUCCAGGGGCACAGACAUCACCGUGGACUACAUUUCUACUCACGGAGAGUUCAGCGGAGGAGAGGAGGAGGAGGAGGAGGAGGAUGUCGACGAGGAGCACAAAACGUUCGAAUUCUUCCCCUGUCCCAAGAGCCCCUUCCUUGGGCCGCUUUUAACCAACGGAGGAAAAUUGACUCUUGACUCGGUGAAAAUAGACUGCAGCGAUUUCUUAGAAUGUGGAUGAACCUCUGCUGUGUACAGAACUGUGUUAAUGAACGUUAGAUUUGUCAUCCUCUCCACUGAAAAAAUUAACACUAACACCUGAUCAGUAUGUUCAUGUUAAUUACAAAAUAUCACUCAGCCAUACAAAUACGCGUUUAUAUUUUCGGACAAACAAUCCCUUACAUUGUUUUAUUUUAACAGCUUUAAUAUCAGUUUACCUCAGUUUAAUUUUAAUUAUGCAGGUGUAAAUACUUUUGUACAUAAUCGUUCAGGACUAAAAGCCUCAAGGUGUUUUGUAUUCAACAGUCAUGCUGAUUAUUUUUUAUUUUUUUUUAUCUGUGAAAUUAUUAAAUGAUGUACUUUCCAAAUCA